AUGAAGAUCCUCGAAAAACAGUCCUCCGUCCUCUCCAACUACGAAGUCCUCGCCAUCACGCGCGAGCUCACGGCCGAGCACGACGGCAGCGACGGCAGCGCGCGCGCGCGCCCCAUGCCCGGGAACCUGAAGCGCAUUCUCACGGACGUCACCACCCACCUCACCCACCCCAAAACGCCCACCCCCACGUACACAGCGCCGCAAAUCGCGACGUUCCUCACCCGCCUGCAGCGCGCCGACUUCAAGCUCGAGAAGCCCGAAGCGCUGAUGGUGCUGAACUUGAGGCCGCGGACGCUGGCCGAGCUGGACACUGUGAUGGAGGAGCUGGAUGGGCGGUUGGAUGAGGCGAGGCAGGAGGAACUGCUUGCGCUGGUGGGGGAGUGCUUGGGGCCUUUUGAGGAGGGGGGUGAAGGUUUGGGUGAGAAGAGGGAGGGGGGGACGGAUUGGAGCGUGUAG